UCCUGCCAGAACGUUCCACUCUUCAGAUCAGAUGUCGCCUAACUUAACGCCUUGAGUUUCGAUUCAAGUUUUGGAUUAUGUCGUCUAAACUGAAAAUAUAUUUGGACCCGUAAAUAUUACUGCUUGACUUAUUGUGGAGUUGAUCGUUUAUUUUGGAAAGUUAUGGACACCACUAAAAAGAUGGCUGCAGAGAACACAGGGGAAGUGCCAACUAGCCAGUCCCACCGGUUUCGCUUUCGAUUCGAUGCACAAAAUGAAGUUGAAGUUUCCUGCACAAGCUGUGGCACAAGCUGUGGCACUGUCUUACAGGCACUAGAAACAAGUUGUGAAUUCGUGGACAGAAUUUCAAGAGAAGGAGAACUUCUAAUUGAAAUAAAGAAUAAAGGGUACAUAGUACCAGAUUUCCCAUGCAAGUUAAUUGGGGAAAAUGAAUUGCUCAGCAUCUCAUUUGAGAAGACCAGCGGAGAAGCCUCUAAGGAAAACCAAAUACCCAAACCUAAGGACGAAAGUGAAAAACCUAAGUAUGAAAAUGAAACGUUCAUCACAUUUUACAUGAAUGCACAAGGUGGAAAGAACAUGAAAAGCAAGCCAUUCCUAAAAAACAGCAAACUUAAGUCUAAAGGCCCUCUCUACAUAUUUGCAAUCAAGGAGGAAACAUUGGAAGAUGCACUUCAGAGGGAUGGACGGUUCUCAAACAUUGUGUUUGAAAAGAAAUGUUAUUUUAGGGACGUUAAUGCGGAAGCAAAUCUGGAACUGGAAUUCAGUUCGAAGACUAAUUCCCUGAAUGGACGGAGGUUUGAGAUAUGCUUGAAAAACGAGGAGAGAGACAGAAAAAAAAGAAAGAGAGGAAAACCUUCAUAUGAUUUAGAAACACAUCAUGUGGUUGGGUCACCACAGCCUUUUACAAGCUUCAAAACUAAAUGCGAAACCAAUUCCAAAUCUCCAGAGACAUGCCAAGAAGAAGGGGCCGCAAGAAAGUUAUCUUUUAGUAAAAGGCAGAAAUGUGUUAUUCCAGAUCAUGUUGAAACUUCAAACAUUCUACGAAACCAAUUUGGGAAGUUGGUCGAACAGAUGAAGAAAAGGUACGAAAAGAAAACCUACUCAAGUCUGCUUGGUCAUAUAUGUGGUGAAUUUGGAAAAGACAGUGGCUCUUUUGAAUGCCAGAAAGUCGAGAAACUGUUGAAGUUGGCUGGCUCUGUAUGUAAGAUCAAUGCUGUCAAACAAGGCACUGGGUUUCUGCUGUUUGAUCACUAUAUUCUGACAAAUGCCAACCUGUUUGAAAUAAAUGGGAAGAUGUUCACUGAUGGCCAAAAACUACACUGUGAAGUGACAGCCACAUUUGAACGUACAGGCUCAAAUGAUGUAGUGAUAAAGAUUAAGCCAGAUCUUCUUGACUUUAAGUGGGGCUCAGAUUGCUUUCAACGACACGUUGACUUUGCUAUACUUGAACUUGAGGAUCACAACUUUUCUGUCAAUGGACUUCUCUGCCAAUAUGGCCAUGAGCCCAAAAGUGGUGGUCUUUGUAUCUUCGGACACCCAGGUGGAAAAACAAGACAUUUUGAUCUUACCAAAGUCAUUGAGCAUGAGAAAAGAAAAGAGACUUUGGUAACAAGAAUGGGGGAUGGUCACAAAACUUAUUUUCUGAUGGAUGAUUUGCAAAAGGCUAAUAUUGUGACCUAUGACACCUGUUUAUUUCAUGGAGCCUCUGGUGGUCCAGUCUUUGAUGACUCUUGCCAGGUCAUUGGCAUGCAUACAGGUGGGUUUCUAUCUAAAGAAAAUAAGAAUUAUAUUGAGUAUGCCAUCCCUCUCAAAAACAUACUGGAAAACGUCCUGAUUAACAUGACAUCGAGAAACAAAGAAGAGAUUUUGGUUAAAUUCACACAACAAGCUACGACAUGCCCCUUUCUGUUUAUAGACAUUACCAACUUCAUCAACCACAUUAUACAAAACGUGGAACCCUCUUACCUCUUCCCUGCCUUAAAACUCUGGAAAACAGUGAUGGAAAGUGAAGAAUGCAACACACAAGAUUUCACUGAACUAAAGAGCAAGAUUGCACGCUGCCUCUUGCUAGAGGCAAAAUGAGAAUACAAUCUUGAAACAUCUGAAGACGUAUUAGAUUAUACUUUCACAGCAAUUGGGUACUAAGCCAAUGAAGUGAAUCGCUAAGUACAAGACAAAAUUCAAGACAAAAUCAACGUAUUUAUUACAGGUAUGUAAGGUGUCUGAUAUACUCAAGUUGAGUAUCUCAGAAGACUGGACAAUGAAUACAGGAAAUCAAGGGAGUUGAAUAGUAUCACAAUAUGGGAGGAUAUGUGACGAUUAGCAUAGCCUUCGCAAGCACAGAAAAAAGACACUGCAUUCUAGCUUUUGUUUAGGUCUUAAAAUGGGGCUCCUAGAAAUGGCCUUGACACUCCUCCUAUUUUCCUCCUUCAAAGUUGCAUGGCAUUAUACACUUUGGUAAUAUUGUGACCUCUGACCUACACUAGUGUCAGGCAUUUUCUAGUCACACCUUUACAAAGAACUAACUUAUGGCUAUGCAGGCAUAAUGACAGUUUAUCAAGGAUACAAGCAACAUCAUUCAUAGAUAUGCAUAUAGGCAUAUUUCUCUCCUGGACAUACUGUUCUCAUGAGCUUAAUAUAGCAGGGUAUAGAUCAAACAUUGUUUAUUAUAUUCAGAGCAUUCCAAACAGUAUAAAAAAUAAUAUAGUAAUCAUUAGUUGUAAUCUUUAAUUAUUGUUAACUGGUCAGUGGUUAAGGACAGACCUCUUCACAUCUUAGCAGCAAAGCAUUUUGGAGAACCAUUAGGCUACUUUUAUCUUACAGGAUUUUGCAUAGCCACAUGUAUAUCAAAUGUCUCUAGUCAAGAGAACUGUAGAACUGCCUAACAUUACUCAAACUCAUGGCAAGGGAGAUGUGUAUGUACUUUGGAUUUAUACACAGUAUUCAAUAUUAUACAACUUGAUUGUUUGAUAAUAAAGACCACACAUGUA